ACAGAGGCACCUGCUUUCUGUAGUUGAUAUCCCGAGGAAUUGUACUGCACGCUAAUUAAGGCAUAAAUCUUCAUUUCUAAUUCUAUUACUUGAGAGGAGCCUCCUAUUCCUUCUCGGUACCAAACAGCCCCCACAUCCACAUGGAAUAAACUCCAGAUCCAUGUUUUCUAUUAUGCUUGAAUAUAUGGGACAUGCAUUGCAAUCCUAUGCUUGCCCCACUGCUGCAGUAUACUUGUUUUGCAGAGCUCUGUAGCAGGCUAGUGCAAGCUGUGACUAACCAGAUCUGUGGAUACCUACUUUGCAAUCUCUGGCCUUAAUUUUUUUUGCAAUGAUUUUGAAUUGCUCACUGAGCACACAGCUGCCUGUUUGGUGAGAAGCUUCGUGCUCUAUGCAUUUGGAUGCUGUAAGCAGUGCAGCAAUAGUCUUUCCACGCCAUCAUGCUUCUGGCUGAGAAGGACGGGCUGGGGCAUCCCUUCAGAGCCCAUUAACAUCAAUCCUUAGUUGGCAGAGUGGUGCAGAAUUGAUGUUUAACACAAGAAACGCCCUCCUAGGAGCAGAGUGCUGCUUUCACAUGGUGUUGCCAACCCAUAGAGCGAGAGACUGGGCUCCUCCGGAGUCCCAGUGUACCCUCUGUGGGGAACCGGAAGAGGAAGAGGGCGGAGAUCUAGCCCAGCCCGGGAUCAGUUUUCCAGGGCCAGCAGAGGAGGAACUAGAUCAACAGUACUCAUGGUCACCAACCCAGCACUUCAAUGAAGAGAGAUACUCUCCUGCUCCAAGGAAUAUGAAAGGAUUAUCCAGUAGUCGAAAUCAACCACAGUUAUGUUCCGGUCAUACCUGUGGCUUAACACCCCCUGAAGAUUGUGAACAUACCCACGACCACCUUCACCAUGGACAGGAGCCAAGGCAAUCGUACCUGCUUAGCCCUACGGAGAGCUGUCCCAUGGAUCACCAUCGCUGCUCACCACGGAGCUCCAUCCAUUCCGAAUGUAUGAUGAUGCCCAUGAUGAUGGGUGAUCACAUGUCCAGUAGCACUUUUCCCAGAAUGCACUACAGCUCACAUUACGAUACAAGGGACGACUGUGCCAUGUCUCACGCUAGCACUAAAAUCAAUCGGAUCCCUGCCAAUCUUUUGGACCAGUUUGAAAAGCAGCUUCCUCUACACAGGGAUGGAUUCCACACUUUACAAUAUCAGAGGACUUCAACUGCUGCAGAACAACGUAGUGAAAGCCCAGGGAGAAUACGACACCUUGUCCAUUCAGUUCAGAAGCUUUUCACCAAGUCUCAUUCUUUAGAAGGCUCUUCCAAAAGUAAUGUCAAUGGGACCAAGAGUGACAGUAGAGGGGAUGAUCAUCAUCAUGGCCAUCCUUCUAAACAUAGCAAAAGGAGCAAAAGCAAGGAGCGAAAGCCUGAAACUAAACAUAAAUCUGGGAUGAGUAGUUGGUGGAGCUCUGAUGACAAUUUGGACAGUGAUAGCACUUAUCGAACACCCAGUGUGGUGAAUCGACACCAUGUGGAUCAUAUCUCCCACUGCUACCCUGAAGCUCUCCAGAGCCACUUUGGGGAUCUCUCCCUAAAGACUUCAAAAAGUAAUAAUGACAUGAAAUGCUCUGCAUGUGAAGGCUUAGCUAUGACCCCUGAUGGGAAAUACAUGAAAAGGAGUUCCUGGUCCACUCUCACAGUAAGCCAGGCAAAAGAAGCUUACAGAAAGAGUUCAUUGAACUUAGAUAAGCCUCUGGUCCAUCAGGAAAUUAAGCCUGCCUUGAGGCCGUGUCAUUACCUUCAGGUGCCUCAAGAUGAAUGGGGAGGGUACCCCACUGGCGGUAAAGAUGAGGAGAUACCUUGCAGGAGAAUGAGGAGUGGGAGUUAUAUUAAAGCCAUGGGAGAUGAGGAGAGCGGAGAAUCUGACUCUAGCCCCAAAACAUCACCAAAAGUAGCAGUGCGACCAGAGGCGUUGUUAAAGUCCAUUGGACAGAGACCGCUUGGAGAUCACCAAACCCAGAGCUACCUACAAGCUGCAAGUGAUGUGCCUGGUGGUCACAACCUGGAUCCCUCUGCUAACUACAACUCUCCAAAAUUCCGCUCCCGGAAUCAGAGCUACAUGCGGGCAGUCAGCACUCUGAGUCAGGCCAGCUGUGUUAGUCAGAUGAGUGAAGCUGAGAUCAACGGGCAGUUUGAAUCGGUGUGUGAAUCAGUCUUUAGUGAAGUUGAAUCUCAGGCCAUGGAUGCCCUAGACCUUCCGGGUUGCUUCCGAACGAGAAGUCACAGUUAUCUGAGAGCUAUUCAGGCUGGUUACUCCCAAGAUGAUGAAUGUAUUCCUGCAAUGACAUCUUCUAACAUCACCUCAACUAUCAGGUCAACAACAGCUGUAUCAUACACAAGUUAUAAAAAAACACCACCACCAGUACCCCCUCGGACAACCUCCAAGCCUCUGAUUUCUGUCACUGCCCAGAGCAGCACGGAAUCUACCCAGGAUGCCUACCAUGACAGCCGGACUCAGAGGAUCCCUCCAUGGCCACAAGAUGGCCGAGGACUGUACAAUUCCACAGAUAGCCUGGAUAGUAACAAGGCCAUGAAUCUCGCCCUGGAAACAGCGGCCGCCCAGCGCCAUGCCUCUGAGAGCCAAAGCAGCUCAGUUCGAACUAGCGACAAGGCCGUCUUAGUGACAAAAGCUGAGGAGUUCCUCAAGAGUCGGCGUUCCUCAAUAGGAAUUCAGGUGGAAACAGCAACUGAUUCUGAUACAGAGAGCAGAGGCCUACGGGAAUAUCACUCUGUUGGAGUGCAAGUGGAAGAUGAAAAACGGCAUGGUCGGUUUAAACGUUCGAAUAGUGUAACAGCUGCAGUUCAGGCUGACCUAGAACUGGAAGGCUUUCCUUCACACAUUACUAUGGAGGACAAGGGUCUUCAGUUUGGUUCAUCAUUUCAGCGACAUUCAGAACCUAGCACUCCAACUCAAUAUGGCGCAGUAAGAACUGUACGGACACAAGGACUUUUCAGUUACCGAGAAGAUUAUAGGACCCCAGUUGACACCUCAAACCUUCCCCCACCUGAUCCUUGGCUGGAGCCAUCUAUUGAGACAGUAGAAACUGGCAGGAUGUCACCUUGUCGUCGGGAUGGAACAUGGUUUAUGAAGUUACUGCACACAGAGACAAAGAGGAUGGAAGGAUGGUGUAAAGAGAUGGAGAGAGAAGCAGAAGAAAAUGACCUCUCUGAAGAAAUUCUAGGUAAAAUCAGGAGUGCAGUUGGAAGUGCUCAACUUCUCAUGUCUCAGAAGUUCCAGCAAUUUUAUUGGCUUUGUCAGCAAAAUUUGGAUCCCAGUGCUAUGCCAAGGCCUACUUCCCAAGACCUGGCAGGAUUUUGGGACUUAUUGCAGCUCUCGAUUGAAGAUGUCAGCAUGAAGUUUGAUGAACUCCACCAGCUGAAGCUCAAUGAAUGGAAGCUAAUAGAAUCCCCUGAAAGAAAGGAAGAAAGAAAGGUUCCCCCUCCAGUACCAAAGAAGCCUCCAAAAGGGAAAUUUCCUAUCACAAGAGAAAAAUCUCUAGACCUACCUGACAGACAACGCCAAGAAGCUAGAAGACGGCUCAUGGCCGCCAAGAGAGCAGCCUCCUUUAGGCAGAAUUCAACCACCGAACGAGCAGACAGCAUUGAGAUCUACAUCCCUGAGGCCCAAACCAGGCUUUAAAGACAGAAUGCUGCAACAUUUCCUUUUUUUAAACAAACAAAAAAAGCUUGUACAGUUUGUCACUUAACCUGGUAAUUUCUGUCUCAUUUUCUCCACUGAAUAUGCCCUUGCUGUUGUGUUCUUCGUGCCAUAAGCACAGUGGAAUGUUUUGAUUUUUUCAAAGUUUGCCGAGCUCAUUGCAAGAAUGACUUCUUUUUGUAUUUAUUGUCUGACUUACAAUCAGCUACAAUGGAUAGGACUUGGUGAGACCUGACUUAUCCAAUAUGUUCUCAGAGGACAACAAGAAACACCUCUUGAGAUGGAACCCAGCUUACCUUUUUUUGUUAUUUAUAUUUUUAUAAAUUGUGUGAUAAUUAGGGAUAAGAAUAACAAAUUAUAAAAUGGGUGCAUCUCACCAUUCACUAGAGGCAUUAGCUAACCAAGUAGAGGGUGCUACAAUGGCAAGUGCAUGACAGAAAGACCCCACGUCUCUCACCUUCAGUUUUCUUAUCUUCAAAUCCAACUAAAUGAUUUGCCCGUGUGCUGCCAUUCUUCUUCAUCUUUGUUACUGCGGGAAAACAUUAAGCCUUUCAUGUCAUGUCAAGUUUUUGGCAAUGAAAAGGGAUCUAUCUAGUCAUUACUCCUUUCACAUAGACAGGUAGCUCUCCAAAAACCCAGGAGCCCACUCUUCUGAAUCCAUUAAAAAUAUCUGGUAAAAUUUUUUUCCAGGAACCAAACCACCAUUUUCCCAAAGCUAAACUUAAUUUUAAGGCAAGAAGACUGAAAAAAAAAUGGGUGAAAAGAAAGUGAUAGCCUUAAAGCAUUUCUUCCAUAGCAAAAUAUAAGAGCAAAGUUAAACUUAUUCCUAGGAAAUAGUAAUUAUCAUUUCAGUUCUUUUCAUGGGUUUGUUUUUAUCAUUCAUAUUUUACUUUUAAUUUCACCAAUAAUACUACAUGUGAUAGGUUGUAUUCUCAAACUGCUGUUAUCAGUUAAAUUUCCAGGGUAUUCUUGAAAAAAAAGUUUGCUUGUUUAAAAUGCCAGUUGUGAUGUUGUAAUCAGUUUAAGAAGUUUGAAUGUGAGUGGUAAGUAUAUCUCAGUUUAAAUGGUAAAGGUGAAAUGUAGCUUAUGUUUGAAUUUUUUUCAGAAUUCUUUUUCCUAUGCAGUAUCAGCUAAGGCAAGUACCUUGCUUAUAAAGACAAAAAAAAACUGAUUCAAGAAUUAAGGGAUUUCCAGCUCUGGAAUUCAAAGAAUUAUUACCAUAUUUUCAGGACACGUGAGCAAAAACAGGAGACAGUUUAGUCGAGUAGCUUUCAAUUCUGAAUUAAGUUUAGAUACAGUAUUCUUUUUUCCAGCUUCCCACUGGAAAUGAGGACUCUAACUUAUAGAAUUCUCUCUCCAAAGGAAGACCCAAUAAAAUAUAUCUAAUGGAGCCCAAUCUCCACAUGAAUUAAGUUGAAAUAUAGGAGUAUUUAGUCCAACUUCCUAAUGGAAAGUGAGUAUCCUAAUUCAUAAACCCUCUCCAAAGGAAAACCCAAUAAGGUGGAUCUAAUAGAUCCUAGUUUCCUCUGACUUUGGAUGACUACUCCAUGUUAAAGCAGGAUGGCAACAUACGAAAGAUAUUUUGAAUAAUCACCAUGUUUUCUGUUUACCUGCUUUAAUAAAUACCAUGUACUUAGCCAUAUGCAGAACAGCUUCUCAAUUAUACUCUAGCACUUUGUUAUUGUGGGUUUUUUUUUUCCACCUUGAUUAGCACUUUAAAUAAGUACUCAGCUCACUCUGCAGCCUGCCACAUUAUUACAAGCAUUAAGUAGCAAAGGUUGCAUAGCUUAUAAAAAUUUGGACAUUAGUCAACAAUGAAGUUUUCCUUUGUUCUUUUGGGCUUUUUUUCUUUUUGUUCCAAAUAUGUUCCACCUAGCAUGAGGUCCAUUUGGAGCACAGUUGAUAUUAAAGCAUGUUUAGCUUCAAAGUUUGAAUUUUUAAAGCUGAGUAGUUAAGGAUUUCCUGUAAGGCCAAAACUCUGUAAAUUGAGCCUCAUACCUGGUAUAUAUUUUACCAAACAGCCUUAAACAAUAUUUGGAAGCAAAAACCAAGACGAAUGUAUAUCCUUUAAAAUAAUGCAAAAAAAAUCCCUUACGUAUUCUUCUAUAAAUGAAUAUUCUAUCCCCAGAGCGUUCAAAGCAUUUUCUAUAUAAAGAAAGAGCUGAAUCCUGGGUAGUGUACAAUACUGAUGCUGCUUCCUAUACUUAUUGUACUAUAUUAAAUACAAAUGUAUUUGCAAGUAUUGGCAUUUUAGUCUUUUAAAAUGGUAUUAUUUAAAGUUGAGCUGCUAUUUAGAAAUAAUCCACAGAGAAGCAAAGCCAGUGUAUUUCCUAGUUAGGGGAAAAGUAAAACAGACUUGCACGCACACAUACAGACCUAUGUAUAACUACUGGCAGCUGAUAUAUUUUACCUAAUUUCCUUGAACACAUAAAAAAUAUAUAAAGGGAAAAUAUAAAGAUUAGGUCAUAACCAUUUAACUUAGAUCCCAGAAGAAAGUACAAUCCUGACUUGAAUGAAGUUAUUCAUCAAAUUUGGAUUCUUUUUUUUUUUUUGGCAUUCAGUGUCUUCAUUCUUUGAUUUCCACCAUACCACCCCCAAAAAAGAUGGUAUAUAAUAUAAAUAGAUUAUAUAUAUAUAUAUAUAUAUGGUUAAACCAUCCUGUGGAUGAACAAAUAAAACCCCGCUAAAUUUUACAAUGGUUGUUGACUGAUAUGUUAAAUAUGCUCUUUGGAGAUGUGUAAUUCCCUCUUUAGUCCACCUAUGUUCCAAAGAAGAUUAUUUGAAAGCAGAUAUCUGCUGCGAGAUGAUAAAAUUUUACCUGUUCAUGAUCCACAUCCAAGUGCAAUAUACUCAAUUUGUCAUACAGGUGAUAUUCUAUCAACAAAAGCAGAAAAGAAGCCAUGUUCAUUUAUGUAUUGUCCGUUUCACCAAUUAAAGAGAAAUAAAGCAAUCUUUAUAAUACUUGUGUUAUAAGUCAAUCAAGCCAAUUUAUUUCAUUCACUUCUAGCAAAUAAGAACCACAACCACCACAAUAAGUCUUAUCACAUAGUUUAAUCCACCUCAUUUAAAGUGUUCUUUUAAUUUAAAAAAUAAUAAUAAAUGAAAUUGAGUAUCUAAAGCAUGGUUGAAAUUAAUGGUAUAAAAUGUUCUGUGAACAUGAUAGUGAAAGAGAAUUUGAUGCUGUCCAUCUCUAUAUAGACACACAUAUGUAGGUGCAUAUGUAUAUCAUAAAGAUAUUAUUGACCAUUGAAAAACUAAUAUUACUUUGGGAAUCAUACUGCUAAAAAAAAUACCAGUUGAUCUACUAUCAAACUUUAUAUAUAAAAACUCAAGAAUUCAGAAGGUUUUAGUUAAGUGUAAAAACCAACCAUCACAAAAAUAACAAACAGGAAUCAAAAACUUCACAUUUAACCCAGAAUAUUUUGUAAAGAAGUUUAAUAUGUUUAAAAAUACACUGUUUUCAAUACAACAAUUUCUUCUUUGCAUUUCUUUCUUCCCUCCCCCAUUCCAUUGAAUGUAGUUGCUAUUAGUUGAACAUUACCAUAUUUUUUCUCUGCAAAUUUCCCAGGAACCUUGAGCAGUAUAUAAAAAUAUGAUUAUCAUACUAUUUGAUAUGAAAAUAUAACAUUUUAAUUUAAAGUUUAAUUUUUGUCAGUGUUUUCAAGUUCAGAUCCAUUGGAAAUUUUAAGCUUAAUUAGCUUAAAGUAUAUUUUAAGCGACAUAAUUUUUAAAAAUCCCACCCUCCCCAAUUGAUAUAGUAUACUGUUAACUUUAACAUCUUUACUUUUAAUAUUAACCUUGAAAAGUAGAUUAAAUUCCAUCCCACUGGUUUCAGUGGGUGGAUAGAAUUUUUCAUUAGAAGACUAUAUGUUUCACUUUAUGUGUACAGAUAUACGUACUUUCAAUACCUUCUUUUGAUAUAUAUGUCUCCAUUUUCCUGUCUUGACUUUUCCCCUUUUCUAUCAUUCCUCCAAGGGCAGAAUCUAUAUCAAUUAUGAAUUUUGGCACCUCUACAAUCCUCAUUAAAUUUCUGUAUUGUUCUAUUUUCAUGAGGCAUCCCCCAAGAUGGAUACACUGGAAAAAAUAAUGUCAACCAGAAUUUAAAGCAAACAAUUGACUUGCAUCAUUCAUGAGAUCCAUUUAGUUCUGGCCAAAUUCUUGUAACUGGGAUUCUUGCCCAGUAUUCUGUGCCUGCUGAUAGAGAUUCUAAUAAAUCCAGAUGAAGCCCUGAAAUAUUUUGGAGGGCCCUUGAAAGAAUGAAUAGUUUGUAGAAACAUCUCAAAGGGUUGGGUAACUAUUCAGUAGCACUAAGCACACAAGUUAUUCCAAUAUCUUCUGAAGUCAGCCAAGCCCAGAAAAUAGACAAAAGAAUAUACUUGUGAGGCCUAAAAUAGAAUUUAGGAAUAUUAAUUUUCUGUAGCUAUUCAUGACAUCCUUGCAAAUGAUGAUGGUUAAUACCACCUCCCUCAUCUCACACUAGGAAUUCUGGAGCUGGUAAAAGGUAAAGAGUAGGAGAGAGGACUACAACUAACCUUCAUCAAUAGGAAUUACUGGAUACUAGAAUGAAUGCAGCAUGUGGGUUCCCAGGAAACUUCCAAAAAGUGAAACAAAUUAAAGAAGCAUAGGUGGCAUAGUGGGCUUGGAGUCUGGAAGAACAUGUUCAAAUCCUUCCAGACACUUUCAAGCUGUGUGACCUGAGGCAAAUCACAACCUCUCAAUGCUUCAUUGAGAGGGUUAGGCUCAAUGGUCUCUAAGGUUCCUUCCUGCUAUAACUCUAUGAUCUAUUACAUCAAUGAUCUUCUGGAGUCAAGACUGGCCAUUGCAUCGAUCUGAAUACUGAUGUCUUUUUUUAACAUAUGCACAUAUUGUUUAUAUAAGGCAUUUUUGUCUACAUGUCUAAAUUGUAUUCAUUUCACAACUUAAUCUGACCCCACAAAAUCCUUUUGCUUUCUGUCUUUUACAACAAAUUAGACACAUCAAAUAUUUAAGAAAUCAAGAAGAUAGGGACAGUUAAAUACAAGCCAGACAUUUUCCAGAGAAACUGUGUCAUCAUUUUUUAAAUUGGGGUUUAAAUUUAUAUCCCUCACUUCUGUUAACAUUAAUAUUUUUAAGUCAAAUCUCAUGUGUCUAGAUAACUGGGUCAAAUUGGUUCCUGGUACCUUAAGGAACUUGGCACCUUCAUAGGAAGAGACAUAUGUCCAAGUGCAAUUUUAUUAAGUUUAUAGUUGCAAUAAUUUACAGGUAUUAAAACAAGUUACCUUUGUAAAUCUAGCUUGAAAGGACCUUCACACAAAGGGGUGCCAGGAUAAUUUGUAAAUUGAUAAAGAAAAACAAGUUCUUGGUGCCUGUCAGACAACCUAAUUUUUAGUCUCACAUUAACCACUAAAUCAUUGUUUAAAGUCAGCCUUGGGUGCUUUGUGUCUUAGUUUUCCCAUCUGUAAAGUUGGAAUAUGAAUAAAAAUAACAAUAAUAAUAAUACCUAUCUCUUGCCUAGCUCACAAAUAUAUUGUGAAGAUUGACAACAUGUCAGUAAGGUACUUUGAGUUCCCAAAAAGCAAGUGAAAAAAAUAAAACAUUAUUAUUAUUAUUAUUAUUAUUAUUAUAUUAGUUACCAAAUUCUAAAUACAUGAAUAAUAAGGAGAAUCAUUAACAAUGUUGUUUUCUUUAAUGGUCUACAUCACUCACAAUGUAAAGAUGCUUUUUUCCAACAGGUUUAAAAACCUGCAAAAGAACAGGAAGUAUUGGUCAGAUGAACUAAUAUUGACCUCAUGCCCUGUUUUGGAAUUCUCCCUCAGCAUUUUGACUUGCAAAGAGCUCACAAAAUAGCCUGUCAGUGGUUUCGGAGGUGGGGAGUUAGCUCAAGGAAAUGGAUGUUUCCCCUGUGCCUUUGGCUCCUCUGUUUCUAGAGUGUUUCCAUGAACAUGGGCCAUCUACAAGCCCAAAUUAGACUUCAUCUAGACAACAUUCGGUCAAUCCUUUAAAUCUGUGCACUUCCAGGAUGAAUUCAAGUAAACACUAAAGAAUGAAAGAAAAUCAAUGUCAGAAAAUAGAGAACCAAGCUUGUGCAGUGUGUUCUAAGUAAUAGUAGACACACUAAUCAAGGUUGUCUUGAUGUUUCUGACAACAGUUUUGGAGGAAUGUCCCAAUCCAGUUCUAGUUUGUAGCAGUCCUUCAUUUUAUGACUCAGAGAAACUAGUCCAUGGCAACACUCCAAGAAACAACCACCUUGUCAUGCAAGUGGUCACUGAGAAAUGUCUCUAAUUUACAUGACUUGCUGUCCUGGGCCUUCUAUUUGUAACUAGCUUUAAUAAAAAAUACAUACAGUUUCAAUGUAAACAUUUGAUUGAUGACAUUCUCUGAAGGGGAAGUGUUAUCGGCCUAAUGGGAAAUACUUUUAAGAAAUAUUUUGUAUCUACACAAACAAAAGGAACACAGAGGUUUACCUCCCUACUUUCUUAUAUUUUAUGUGACUCUUCAUCAUUGGUGCUGAAUCUGAACCUGAAAGAUUUGUAAGUCAAAUCUUUCAUAUACCUAAUGAACAAGAGGAUCUAAUGAACAGUUAACUGCAAAGUUUCUUGAAGUACAAAUUUAUCCUUCUCACGGAGACCAUAAUCACCACAAAGCAUAAUGGCUCAUGUCUACUGAAACACACCCGGGGAAAACAUAAGCAUUACUUGUAAUUACCUACAGACGCCACCUGCUCAUGCUUUAAUUUAUCUCCAUUGUUUUAGUAAUAUCAUCAUAUCACUUUUAAAGGGCUCAGCAUGUAUGUAUCUUUCACUCCACUUUAUAUACUGGUUUGCUGAAUUAACAAGGUUUCCCUUGAAAAUAAUGCAACCUAGACUACUUUGUAAUUCUCCUUCCCAAAAAAUAAGCCACUCUUCCCUGUACAUGUUCUCUCUGUACAGAGGCUGAAUUCAUGUAUCCAUCAUCCAUACUCCAUGCCAAAAUACUCAAAGGUGGCCUAAGGACUAAAUUAAAUGCCUCCUAUAGAAUUUCCAGGAAUGUUAGAACCAGGAAACUAGCUGUUUAGUUAAAGUUUUUUUAAAAAGUAUAUAAAUAUAUAUAUAUACAUAUAUAAAUAUAUACAUAUGAAAUCAUACCAACAAUGAGGAUGAACUGAGUGCCAAAUAGCCAACAUCUGUACAAAGUAACAUGCCACUAGAGUUAAUUAUUUUAUGUAAUUCUCUUUCACAUGCUUUUCAGAUUCUUUUGAUAAACUCUCUUUAGUAGCAUGCAGGAUACCUAUUCUGAAUGUACAGUAUGCUCUUCCAUUUCCACCACACCUUUGUGCUCCUGGGUAAUAACUUCAUUACCAGAAUGUUGGUCAUUCCUUUAAAACACUGAAGAAUUGCUUUAUUUGAGUUGUUCUUUUUCCAUGAUCCUUUGUUCACUCUGAGCUGAUUGUAAGGAAAAUGUGCUUUCACUAUUUUGCUCCAGAACUCUUUUAUGAAGCUGCUCUUUCAAUUGAUUUCUGUAUUGCUUAUGUUCAUCUCCUGUAAAUAAUUCUGCAAUUAAAUUUUUUGAGAAAAGUAGAGUUUUCUGAUUAUUGAGUUGAAUAUUACUGUGCUUCUUUAAACUCAGGAAAGCCUACAUGUCAAUAGGUCUAGUAGCUCUGGUUUUAUUUUUGUGGAAACUCUUUCCAUAGAGACCUAUGACAAUUUGUCUACAAGGGAUAAUCUUCAUUGACUAUAUGUAGCUCAUAGAUGUUAAGUGAUCUAUACAUGGUCACACAACUAAUAAGUAUCACAAGCAUGAGUUAAAUCUGGGUCGUCUUGACUCCAAUUCCAGUCCUCUACUUACUAUACCAUACUGCUUCUCAUAGGAAAACAUAUAGGGCCCUAAAAUAUUCAAGUUUUCUUAUUAAAAGAUUCUAUAUUUCACUAAUUUAUUUCAAAGAAAACAGAAAGUAUUUGACCUUGGAUAUAUCAUUCCACCUCCCUGUGCCUCAGUUUCUUCAUGUAAAAAAUAAAAGAGUUGGAUUAUGGAUCAUGGAUUUAUGCCCAGAAGGGUCCUCAGAGAUUAUUUGUUCCAAAAGUGGCAAGUGGCAGAGUUGGAAUUUGAACCAAGGUCCUCUGACUCCAAAUCUAGUGUUC